AAUCCCGGUGAUCGUAUCCGAUUCGAAUUAACCAACGUCUUCUUCAAAUGUGCUCCGACAUGCGAAGAAUUUGUGGAGAUAAAAUUUGCGAGGACACACGAUCGCACAGGACUUCGUGAGUGUUGUCGUGCCGAGUAUGGGGAGGUCGUGUCGCAAGGAGAUUCCAUACUUGUUAUAACACUGGCCACUACGAGCUCACAGUUCAAUCUCCGUUAUCGACUAGAACGAUCUGCCGGUAUUGCACCAGCGAGAUCUCAACCUCCAUCGUAUACACCAACAAGGGUGCAUGGUCAAAUUGGAGUAAAUGGAGUGAAUGCACAGAAAAAUGUGGAGCUUGUGGAACACACUUUCGUCGACGAUCAUGCGUGGAAGGAAGGCCUCCAGUUACAGUCGGAAACAUGCAAUCAACAAGGGUGCCCACCAGGAACGACCGUUGGUAAAAGAUACAAGACAGGGCGUGCAAUGUCGAACUGGUGCUGCAAUGGUUUCAACCUCACUAACCGGAACUGGUGUGUACCGUCUGGUGGUUGA